AUGACCAGAGACUGCGGACAGUACAGGGAUGACCAGAGACUGUGGAUAGUACAGGGGAUGACUGCUGACCUUUGGGGAGGGGGGGGGAGCGGGUACCUGAAUUUGACAGAUACCCGCUCCCACUUCCGCGUAGUUGUUCUUUCAUCUUACCUGUUCCUCUAUCCAGCCGCGCGCUGUCUUCCCGGCUUCUGUAAUGGCGCUCGGCAUGACAGCUGGGUGCCCAGUGCGCAUGAGCGAGAAGCACUUGCGCUUUGUGAUUGGUCCGGCGGCUUCUGUCAUAAAAAUGGGAUCUGUCAUGUGUCCCAGGUGCCGCGCCUUACCAUUCAAAAA